AUGGCUCCUCUGUCAUGGUUGGCCGGCUCUGGGAACCUGAGAUGGGGUCUAGCUCCCCCCGUCACACACCCCCUCACCCCCCAACACCUUCCAGCCCACAUUUCCCCCAUUCUCCCUACAGCCCACUGCUCUCCCCAUUCUCCAUACAGCCCACUGCUCGCCCCAUUCUACCUACAGACCACUGCUCUCCCCAUUCUCCCUACAGCCCACUGCUCUCCCCAUUCUCCCAAUACCACACUGCUCUCCCCAUUCUCCCUACAGCCCACUGCUCUCCCCAUUCUCCCUACAGCCCACUGCUCUCCCCCAUUCUCCCUACAGCCCACUGCUCUCCCCAUUCUCCCUACAGCCCACUGCUCUCCCCAUUCUCACUACAGCCCACUGCUCUCCCCAUUCUCCUACAGCCCACUGCUCUCCCCAUUCUCCCUACAGCCCACUGCUCUCCCCAUUCUGCCUACAGCCCACUGCUCUCCCCAUUCUCACUACAGCCCACUGCUCUCCCCAUUCUCCUUACAGCCCACUGCUCUCCCCAUUCUCCCUACAGCCCACUGCUCUCCCCAUUCUCCCUACAGCCCACUGCUUCCCCAUUCUCCCUACAGCCCACUGCUCUCCCCAGUCCCACCUCCAGCCCACUCCUCUCCCCCAUCCCACCUCCAGCCCACUCCUCUCCCCCAGUCCCCCCUCCAGCCCACUCCUCUCCCCCAGUCCCCCCUCCAGCCCACUCCUCUCCCCAGUCCCACCUCCAGCCCACUCCUCUCCCCCCAGUCCCCCUCCAGCCCUCCUCCCCAGCCCACCUCCAGCCCACUCCUCUCCCCAGUCCCACCUCCAGCCCACUCCUCUCCCCCAGUCCCACCUCCAGCCCACUCCUCUCCCCCAGUCCCCCCUCCAGCCCACUCCUCUCCCCCAGUCCCCCUCCAGCCCACUCCUCUCCCCCAGUCCCACCUCCAGCCCACUCCUCUCCCCCAUUCCCACCUCCAGCCCACUCCUCUCCCCCAGUCCCCCCUCCAGCCCACUCCUCUCCCCCAGUCCCCCCUCCAGCCCACUCCUCUCCCCCAGUCCCACCUCCAGCCCACUCCUCUCCCCAGUCCCCACCUCCAGCCCACUCCUCUCCCCCAGUCCCCCCUCCAGCCCACUCCUCUCCCCCAGUCCCCCUCCAGCCCACUCCUCUCCCCCAGUCCCACCUCCAGCCCACUCCUCUCCCCAUUCCCACCUCCAGCCCACUCCUCUCCCCCCAGUCCCCCCUCCAGCCCACUCCUCUCCCCCAGUCCCCCUCCAGCCCACUCCUCUCCCCAGUCCCACCUCCAGCCCACUCCUCUCCCCCAGUCCCACCUCCAGCCCACUCCUCUCCCCCAUUCCCACCUCCAGCCCACUCCUCUCCCCCAGUCCCCCCUCCAGCCCACUCCUCUCCCCCAGUCCCCCCUCCAGCCCACUCCUCUCCCCCAGUCCCACCUCCAGCCCACUCCUCUCCCCCAGUCCCCCAUCUAG